GGCUAUGGAGGGAGGAAGCUUCAGAGAAAUUUCUCUCCUCUCUAUCUCAAACACUUCUCCAUCUUUAACACGCGAGUGCAUGCUUUAUAUAGCCCCGUCAGAAUAAAAUCCAAACUAUGCGGGGAAGAUGUGCCUUCAUUUGUUUCGACAAAGAUAUGGAGGAGCCCAGCGCGAGGAUUGAGUCCAAUCCACGAUCAUCAACGGACAUAUCGUGGAGGGUCAGGUUGAGAUCCUAUUCCUUUCGGAAGCGUAACUCGACCCCUCGGAACCACAAUGGUGGUCGUCGGCCGGUUGGCCGGUCUGUGUCUUUUAAACAUCCCCUAUCAUCUUGUCUGAACCAGAGUCCAACGGAGUAUAAUAGGCCUGAUGAGCAGACCACAAGAAGACCUCUUCUCCGGAGCUCCUUAUCCUUAGAUAUUCCUCAUCAGGGAGAUUUAUCGAAAGAGUUAGAAUCAAGCAAUGACUUAUCAUCGGUUCAAAAAGACAAUGACUUAUCAUGGCGAGCCUUGUUUCAUUCAGCUUCUUUCCAAAAACCCACUUCAUCACCAAUUUCUCCUGAUCAACCAAACCACCCUCCGCCGCCACAAAACCACCGGGUUCCACCGCCGCAGGCAUCGUCCAGUGAAACCCUAGAUCACAAGCAGAACAAUGCCUCCAGCCAUAACCAUGGUGGUUUAUCAAUUGAGCUCGAAUCCAAAAGUGACCUCUCUUGGCAAGCCUUGUUUCGUUCAGCUUCUUUCCAAAGACCAAGUUCAUUGUUAUCAUCAUCAUCAUCACCUGAUCAAAACGACAAUCCGUCACCAGAAAACCAUCAGGUUCUACUGCCACUGGGAUCGGCUAGUGAAAACCUAGAGCAUGAGCCGAACACCGUCUCCAGCGAUACACACCAGGUCCAGAGUGAUGGCUUUCACCAAACAGAUCAUGCUUCUGAAACUGGUCAUGGUUCUUCCACCCUCCCAUGGCAAGUCAUGUUUCGACCAGCUUCCUUAUGGAAUCCCAAUCGCAGUACAUCCCCUCAAAACAACGCUUCUUUGUCUGAUAGCAAUGUUCAGUCACCACAGGAGCCAACCACCACUCCACCAGAGACCAACCAGAAUAACCCUUCAGGUGAUCCUCUAGUACGCCUUGCUCUCUAUACAGCCACGGCCCACGCAGGUCUUGCCUUGACCUUAUUCUUGCUUUACAAUAUCUACAAUCCACUUGGCGAAUAUCUCGAGCCAAUUCAGUGGGCAGUGCUAUGUUCCAUUCCUUUGAGAGGAAUCCAACGUGCUCUUGUCCUCUUUUGGUCAGAGCCUUUGAGAUUAGGUUUUACUGAAACAUUUUUAGCAAUACCAGUCGCUUUGUUAAAGGCUAUCUUGAGUACCCUUGUAAAUGUCCGUGAUCUCUGGUUUUCAGUUGUUCUUCAUCAAACGACAUCCAAGUUUUCUGGCCAGAGUAAAAAUGGGUUUGCCAAGGUGAUUCAGAUGCUUUUAUCUUUUGGGGUCUUUGUAAUUACAUAUGAGCGAACUGGGAGUGUUGGAUCCGUAGCGCUUCUUGGUUUAAGUUUCACGUGUACCAGCUUUCUUGAAUCGACAGUGGAUGUAUUUUCUUCGUAUAGGAGUAGGAGCAGUGGUUGUGGUACAAGUAGCACAUUUUUAAGGGAAGUGAUUCUCAAGAGAUUGAAUACCCUUGUGGCAAUUGGGUUGAUCUCUGGAAUGAUUGUGGGGGGUUUGGCCGGUGUGAUCUUUUUUUCUUGGAAGAUAGCAGUUGAGGGCAAAGAUGCGGUGAUAAUGCUCCAAACCCAUGUCCAGGAGAGUAAAUAUGCAGAGAGGAUGGGUAUAAAAAGGUGGAUGGAAGACAAUGAUAUCGCCCAAAUACUGGACUGGUACACCAACCAUUUUUACGAAACAGUCUCUCAACAUGUCGAUAAUUGGGCUUCACAUUACAAUUUGACUGAUUUCUUCAGUGGGAUAAAGCACUUUGUGACAGCAGCCCCAACUGAGUCUUCUGAUGAUCAGGCAGCUUUGAUAACAUCUCCUUCCGUGGAGAAAUUUCUAAGUCUAGGAAAUCACUUUAAGAGUCGUGAGUGGGGAACUGCUUAUAAGGAACUUGAAGCGAUAUUCUGGGAAUUAGUUAUCACGAGGAAGGAUAUAUUUGAAAAAACGAAAGAGUUUGCUGCCGAAGGGAUGCAUUUAUCGCAAAAUGCAUUUUAUAGCAGCAUAUUCUUCCUGGCAGGAAGCGGAAAGCUCUUGUUUUCAAUUGCUUAUUCUGUUAUUUCUGGAGCAAUGGGUGUUCUUAACUUUGGGUUGCAGUCACUGAUUUUCAUCUGGGUGCUGUAUUAUCUCAUCACAUCCGAAUCCGGUGGGCUAACCGAACAAGUUAUCGGUCUGCUUCCGAUUACAAAAUCCGCGAGGAUUCGGUACAUUGAAGUUCUGAACAACGCGAUUUCAGGUGUUCUUUUGGCCACAGCUGAGGCCGCUUUGUUUCAGGGUUGCCUCACUUGGCUUUUGUUCAAACUGUACUCUAUACAUUUCUUGUACAUGUCAACUUUGCUUGCUUUUAUAAGCCCUCUAUUGCCAAUCUUUCCUCCUUGGCUUUCGACAAUUCCAGCAGCGGUCCAAUUGGUGUUGGAGAGAAGAUUCUUAUUAGCUUUGAGUUUGCCCAUAAUUCAUCUUGUGCUUAUGGACUACGGUGCAUCAGAAAUUCAAGAGGAAGUACCCGGUUAUAGCUCGUAUCUUACAGGGCUUGGCAUCAUCGGUGGAAUGGCGUUGUUCCCAUCUCCUAUUGAGGGAGCAAUAAUGGGACCGCUGAUAACUACAGUUGUGAUCGCUCUAAAGGAUUUGUAUGCCGAAUUUGUUUUGGAUGAACCAAAGGAAACUGAGGAGUAGAGCGUUGUCCAUGUUCUUCGUGCUUGCUUCCAGUGAAAGUUUCCGCGACUGCCUCAUGGAAACUAUGUACGUAGUUGGUUGAGAUAAUCGAAAAAUGAAGAAAAACUAUGUACAUGGUUGAGAUAAUCAAAAAAUGAAGGAAAAAAAGGGGCACGGAGUUGGGUUUGAAGGGAGUGUGUACUUCUACAAGCCUCGCUUCCGAACAGUGCUUGGAUCAAGUUUUGUUGAUUGUGUUUCCUAUUUAGGCAGCAGGUUUUUUUUUCCUCCCUUCUUUUCUUCUGAUUCUUCUGUUUAUGAUGUGAGAGUGCUUGGAAAGUAAUAGGUUCAUGUAUUCUCAUAGUGGAUUGCAAGUUGUUAAAAGAAAUCUGUACAUUUCUCAUGUGAUAUACUACCAUAUAUACGUAUUGUGCCAUAUAAAAAGAACAUUUUGAGUA